AUGUGGGCUCAACUCCUUCUAGGAAUAUUGGCCCUGUUGCCAUCCACUGCUGAAAAAUUCCUCCCAAACUAUCUGGUGACAUUACCAGCCCAGCUUAACUUCCCCUCUGCUCAGAAGGUUUGUUUGGAUCUGAGCCCAGGGUACUGUGAUGUGAAAUUCACUAUUACUCUGGAGACCAAGGACAAAAUCCAGAAGUUGCUAGAACACUCUGGAUUGAAGAAGAGGCACUUACAUUGCAUCUCAUUUUUGGUACCACCUCCUGCAGGUGGCACGGAAGAAGUGGCCACCGUCCGGGUAUUAGGAACGGGAAAGAAUAUCAACUUUGAGGAGAAGAAAAAGGUUCUAAUUCAGAGGCAGGGGAAUGGCAUCUUUAUCCAGACUGACAAACCUGUCUACAACACAGGGCAGAAAGUGCACUUUCGCAUCGUCACCCUGACCAGCAACUUUGCUCCAGUGAAUGACAAGUACUCCCUGAUAGAACUGCAGGAUCCAAAUAGCAACAGGAUUGCACAGUGGCUGCAAGUGCAGCCGGAGCAAGGCAUCGUGGACUUAUCCUUCCAGCUGGCCCCAGAGGCUACACUAGGCACCUACACAGUGGCAGUGGCUGAGGGCAAGACCUUUGGCACCUUCAGUGUUGAAGAAUAUGUGCUGCCCAAAUUUAAGGUGGAGGUGGUUGAGCCCAAGCAGUUAUCAACAGUGGAGGAAUCUUUCUCAAUAAAAAUUUGUUGCAGGUACACCUAUGGGAAGCCAGUGCUGGGGGCAGUGCAGGUGUCCGCAUGUCAGAAGGCUUAUACUUACUGGCGCCCAGAGGGAGAACAGGAACAGCUCCCUGACAAAUGCAAGAAACUCUCUGGACAGACGGACAAAGCAGGAUGCUUCUCAGCUUCAGUGGACAUGUCCACCUUCAACCUCACUGGUUAUAUGUACAGUCAGAGCAUCAAUGUUGUGGCGACUGUGGUGGAGGAAGGGACAGGAGUGGAGGCCAAUACCACUCGGGAGAUCUACAUUUCUUCACAGAUGGGAUCAAUGACCUUUGAAGACACCAAUAAUUUUUAUUACCCCAAUUUCCCCUUCCACGGGAAGAUCAGAGUUAGGGGCCAUGAUGAUUCCCUCCUCAAGAAUCAUCCAGUGUUUCUGGUAAUUUAUGGCACAAAUGAAACCAUGAACCAGACCCUCAUCACUGACAAUGAUGGCCUCGCCACCUUCAAGCUGGACACAGCUCUCUGGAACGGGAUGGGCAUUUCUCUGCAGGGCAGGUUCCAAAUGGAAGACAUGGUAUAUAGUCCAGAACAGGUGCCUCGUUACUAUCAAAAUGCCUACCUGUACCUGCGGCCCUUUUACAAUACAACUCACAGCUUCCUUGGCAUCCGCCAGCUGAAGGGCACCUUGAGAUGUGGCCAGCCCCAGGAAGUGCUGGUGGAUUAUUACAUUGAUCCAGCUGACACCCAGGCCAACCAGGACAUUAUCUUCACCUACUAUUUAAUAGGCAAAGGGAAUUUGGUGACUGAGGGGCAAAAACAGAUGAACUGGAAGAAAGGACCCAAAGGCUCCUUCUCUCUCUCACUGACCUUCACUUCCAGAGUAGCUCCUGACCCUUCCCUGCUGGUCUACGCCAUUGUUCCCAGUGGAGGUGUUAUAGCUGACAAGAUUCAGUUCUCAGUAGAGAUGUGCUUUGACAACCAGGUUUCCCUUGGCUUCUCACCUUCUCAGCAGCUUCCAGGAGGAGAUGUGGAACUUCAGCUACAGGCAGCUCCUCAGUCCUUGUGUGCAGUCCGGGCUGUGGAUGAGAGUGUCUUACUCCUUAGACCAGAGAGAGAGCUGAGCAACAGCUCUGUGUAUGGGAUGUUCCCAUACUGGUAUGGUUACUACCCCUACCAGGUGGCCGAAUACGACGAGUGUCCCGUGUCCAGCCUGUGGGACCCUUCACAGCCCCUCAUUGACCCAGUGCCUGAAGAGCAAUGGAGCAAGCGCUCUGUGAUAGGGAGGCCCUGGCACUCUGAAGGCACAGACCUUUUCAGCCUUUUCCGGGACAUGGGCCUGAAGGUGCUGUCCAAUGCCAAAAUCAAGAAGCCAGUAGAUUGCAGCCAUUGGUCUUCAAAAUACAGCACAAGCGCUGGUGGUCGUCAGUCAGUAGCUUUUGACUCACCGUCAUCAUCGUCAUCCCUUGGGUCAGAGGGUUCUCAGGUCCGCCAGUACUUCCCAGAGACUUGGCUGUGGGAUCUCUUUCCUAUUGGUCACUCGGGGAAGGAAGCUGUCCACGUCACGGUUCCUGAUACCAUCACGCAGUGGAAGGCCAUGAUGUUCUGCACCUCAGAGUCCAGGGGCUUUGGUCUCUCACCCACUGUUGGACUAACUGCAUUCAAGCCAUUCUUUGUUGACCUGACUCUCCCUUAUUCAGUCAUUCGUGGGGAAUCUUUUCGUCUUACUGCCACUGUCUUCAAUUAUCUAAAGAACUGCAUCAGGGUUCAGACUAACUUGGCUAAAUCAGAUGAGUACCAGGUGGAAUCAUGGGCAGAGUCUCAGGCCUCCAGCUGCCUCUGUGCUGAUGAAGCAAAAACCUAUCACUGGAAUAUCACAGCCAUCAAACUGGGUCAUGUAAACUUUACUAUUAGUACUAAGAUUCUGGAUAGCAAUGAACCCUGUGGGGGACAGAAGCCAUUUGUUCCAGAAAAGGGCAGAGGUGACACACUCAUCAAGUCAGUUCUAGUCAAGCCUGAAGGAGUCCUUGUGGAGAAGACACACAGCUCAUUACUGUGCCCAAAAGGAAAAGUGGCUUCAGAAUCCAUCUCCCUGGAGCUCCCUGAGGAUGUUGUUCCUGAUUCAACCAAGGCUUAUGUUACAGUUCUGGGAGACAUCAUGGGCACAGCUCUGCAGAACCUAGACAAUCUCGUGCAGAUGCCAAGUGGCUGUGGAGAGCAGAACAUGGUCAUGUUUGCUCCCAUCAUCUAUGUCCUGCAGUACCUGGAGAAGUCAGGGCUGCUGACUGAGGAAAUGAGGUCUCUGGCAGUGGGUUUCUUAGAGAAAGGGUACCAACAGGAACUAAUAUACAAACACAGCAAUGGCUCCUACAGUGCCUUUGGGGAACAGGAUGGAAAUGGAAACACAUGGCUGACAGCCUUUGUCACCAAAUGCUUUGGCCAAGCUCAGAAAUUCAUCUUCAUAGAUGACAAGAACAUCCAGGAUGCUCUCAAGUGGAUGGCAGGAAAUCAACUUUCCAGUGGCUGUUAUACCAAUGUGGGAAAGCUCUUUCACACAGCUAUGAAGGGCGGUGUUGAUGACGAAGUCUCCUUAACUGCAUACAUCACCGCAGCUUUGAUGGAGAUGGGGAAGACUACAGAUGACCCAAUGGUGAGACAGGGUCUGCAGUGCCUCAAGAAUUCUGUUUCCUCCAUCACUAACCAGUACACACAGGCACUACUCGCGUAUACAUUCUCUCUGGCUGGGGAAACAGACAUCAGAAACAGUCUUCUUGAAAAGUUAGAUCAACAGGCUAUCAUCUCAGGAGAGUCCAUUCACUGGAGCCAGAAACCUACUCCAUCAUUAGAUGCCAGUCCCUGGUCUGAGCCUGAGGCUGUGGAUGUGGAACUUACUGCAUAUGUAUUAUUGACCUGGCUUAGCAAAGCCAAACUGACUCAGAAGGAGGUAGCCAAGGCCACUGGCAUAGUGGCUUGGUUGGCCAGGCAACGCAAUGCCUAUGGGGGCUUCUCUUCCACUCAGGAUACUGUAGUUGCUCUCCAAGCUCUUGCCAAGUACGCCACCAUCGCCUAUGUGCCGUCUGAGGAAGUCAACCUGGCUGUGAAAUCCACUGGGAAUUUCCAGCAUACUUUCAGCAUUCAGGCUGUCAACCGGUUGAUCUAUCAGCAGGAGACUCUGCCCAAUAUCCCUGGAGAGUAUACCUUGGAGGCCUCUGGCCAGGGCUGUGUCUACGUGCAGACAGUGCUGAGAUACAAUAUUAUUCCUCUUAAAAAUGUGGAGAACUUUAGUCUUCAUGUGGAAAUGGGAAAUGCUAAAUGUGAGCAGCCUAUUUCACCUCAAUCCUUUACUCUCACUAUCCACACCAGUUAUGUGGGGAGUCGCAGCUCUUCUAAUAUGGCCAUUAUGGAAGUGACGAUGCUUUCUGGGUUCAGUCCCACAGAGGGCACCAAUCAGUUACUUCUCCAACAACCGCUGGUGAAGAAAGUUGAAUCUGGAACUGACACACUUAACAUUUACUUGGAAGAGCUCACUAAGAAGACUCAGACUUACACCAUCACCAUCAGCCAAAGCGUGUUGGUCACCAACCUGAAGCCAGCAGCCAUCAAGGUCUAUGACUACUACCUACCAGAUGAGCAGGCAACAAUUCAGUAUUCUGAUCCCUGUGAAUGA